AUCCCAGAGCAGAGUAGGUAAAUUACGUUGAAUAUGCAUUUUACCUUUUGAAAAACUCAGUUUGCUGGCCAAACACCAUGGACCCUACCCAACCUGCCAAUGAGAAGGAGUUUCAAUUAGAGCUGGAAGAUUGCGCAUCCGAUCAUCGAGCAGCGCAGAUACACUCUUUCCUUUUAUCCCACCUGAUGAUUUAACGGAUUUUUUUCAAGCAAUCGCAUUUCGUUUUCCUUUUGUUAGUUUAUCAGUCAGGGCCAAAUCCUUCUCCCUAAAAAUUCCUUAUUUUCUUUCCUUGGCCCGGAAUAGGAAGAAAGGAUGCUAUUGGAUCUUCUUGUUGAAGGGCAUCUCUGCUGUCCAGAAAUGCCAAGAAAGACAAUGCUUGGCUUCCAGCUGAGACAUAAUCUAUUAAUAUUAUGGAUGCUUAUAAAACCAGGUCCUGAAAAGAGAUACAACUCACAAAAGAACAAAUAGAAUCUAAACCUAUAUGAUAGUCGGCAAAGCAUACAACAAAUGCCUUGUUGAAGGAGAAAUAUUUUAAUCAGCAUCUACUUUGGUUAAAUACAAAUAAGAAGUACAAGGGAUCCUUCCAACUCCAAGAAAUCAUGGAGUCCUUAAAAUUUUGCAUCUCACUUCUUGUCCUUCAAGCUCUCUUCAACAUUUCCCCUACAACCGAGGCAGCUCCAGCAUUCUGCCCUGUGGUUUUCAGAGAAUACAUUGGAGCUGAGGGCAAGAAUGUCACAUUCUCUGAUGUCCCAAUUAAUCCAAAUGUUGAGUUUCACUUCCUCCUCUCCUUUGCUAUAGACUACACAAACACAAAGUCACCAGAACCCACAAAUGGUGUCUUCUUGAUCUAUUGGGACAUUGAUAACCUAACCCCUUCUCAUAUUUCUUCCAUCAAGGCCAAGCAUAAAAACGUUAAGGUAGGUAUGAGUCUUGGCGGUGAUACAGUGAAUGGUAAAAAUGCCACCUUCGCUCCUACUUCAAUUACUUCUUGGGUAAGAAAAGCAAUAUAUUCAAUCACCACGAUAGUGAAAGAGUAUAACCUGGAUGCAAUAGAUAUAGAUUAUGAACACUUCAAUGCAGAUCCAGAUACAUUCGCCGAGUGCAUUGGGCGACUGUUGUACUAUCUUAAACAAAACAAUGUUGUCACUUACAUAUCAAUAGCACCAUAUGCCGAUGAUUCAGUGCAAGCGCACUAUUUAGCACUCUGGAAAAAGUACGGUCAUCUAAUAGACUAUGUCAACUUCCAAUUUUAUGCCUAUGAAAAGGGCACAACCAUUCCUCAGUUCCUACAGUACUUUGAAACUCAGAUGUAUAACUAUAAAGGAGGCAAGAUUCUAGUUAGCUUUGGAACUGACAACAGUGGUGGCUUGUCUCCUAGACAUGGAUUCUUUGAUGCAUGCAGCAUACUAAGGAGUCAGGGAACACUUCAUGGUAUCUUUAUUUGGUCUGCAGAUGACUCUACGAAAGAUCGUUUUCUAUAUGAAAAGUUGUCGCAGGACCUCUUAGCAAGUGCAAUUUGA